UCUUCGUGUCUCACCCAACCCUCUUCUUUCCCAUUUACUUUACUCAACUCGCACAUAGUGACCUCACAUGUGCGCAUUUGACAUUUCGAAGUUAGUACCGAGACAAUUCACACGAGCCGAGCAUUAUUUUACGCUGGCUACGACGGUUCUUCGUUCUGUGAGCAUAGUGACACUCGUGAGAGACGUUCAGUUACUUUUCGAACCUUUUUUUCAUGUUUUACGACUCAAAGAAGGAAAACCAGUGACUUUUCUAAAAAUAAUUAGGCCUGUACAAAAAUUGGGUUAUAAUGGACAUUUGGACGGAAGGAAAUAUUACAAGAGUAAUUGCAUCGGAGGACGUCUUCGCGUUACCACCGACGCCGCCGACGCCACCGUCGCUUCAUAUGGAUUUUCAAAAUAUCCGCUUCAAUCAAACCCGCGAAUCUGCUUGGUACUACAAAUGGCCAUGGGACAUUUCCACAGACUCGGCGGACGUAUCGACAACAGCCAGUCCUCCUCUUGAAAUGGGACAGCAGUUUGACAUGCAGUGCAUAAACAGUUCGAUGCAAAGUGGCGAUGGGAAUAAAAAUUAUCAGAUAUGCAGGUGGGAACAAUAUUCGCAUCAUGAUAUUAUCCCUGAUCAUACUCCUGCGACGGACUCAUCUCCUACAACCAGAAGAGACAAGACGCUUGAGGAUUCUGCACAGGACCAAUUUUGUUCAAGAGAUCAAGGUCAGCAUAUCACAACCACCACGCUGUUCCGUGCUUGGGAAAUACCUUACCUGCAGGACACCCCCGUAGGACAGGAGAUUAAAUAUCAGGAUUCCCAAGAAAUUUCCGAAAACCCUUCGUCAAAAUAUCCAAACAAUUUUUCCUGCGAGGAGGAAAUUAAUUCUGCCAGUGGACUUUCCGAACCCGAGUACGAGUCUAAUAGUAAGAGAGUGGGUAAUGGCAGCAGCAGUGACAAACCGCGCAAGGAAAGAACAGCUUUUACGAAACAACAGGUGCGUCAUCUUGAAUGCGAAUUUGCACACAGUAAUUAUCUGACGCGUCUUCGUCGUUACGAGAUUGCUGUGGCUUUGGAUUUGACGGAGAGACAGGUCAAAGUGUGGUUUCAAAAUAGACGCAUGAAGUGGAAAAGGACGAAGGGUGGUAUGGCAAAUACACAAAAUAAGGAUUGUGAUGUCCUGACGCAUUGAUUAGGUUAAUUUGGAAAUUAUGCAAUGAGAUAGGUAAUAAAUGUAAAUAAUAUUUUAAGCUCUGUUAUGUAUCGUGUAAGUAAAUCAAUAAAUUUAUAUUAAUUUUCAGAAUUA